AUCGUAUCAUCGAUAGUUGUCAUCGAUGUUUCGCCACCUCUAGUCCGGCAGUCUAUCGCCCGUCGAUUUUCUGAAGUUUUUCUCUCCUACCAAAACCAACACAAGUGUUUUUUAUGUUUUAAAAAAAACAUACGAAAAGCGAAAUCAAUCACUGCUAACAUUACGAGCUUAGCAAACGAAAUUGAGACAAACAAACCUCAACAGCACAGUCGCCAAACGAUGUAAAAACAAUGCUUAAAAACGAAACGGGCCAACAACAACGAGCAGCGAGCAGCAGAAGCUACAGCGAACAACAGACAAAAAGACUCACAUACACACACUAACGCGCAAGAAACGCAAAAAGAAACGAGAAAAAAUAAAAUCAAAAAAGAGAAAAAAAGAAAAGCAGCAGCAGCAGCAAAUUUAUGCGAAAAGAAAAAGCAAGAGAGAGAGAGGGAGACAGAGGUGCGUGCUAUGCUGCUGCCUGAUACCAACAAGAAGAGUUCUGCAAUCAGUUUAAAGUCAACACAAGAGCUGGGAUUCCAAUUGGAACUUGCCAGCAGCAGCAAAAACAACAACAAUACAAACGUAUUCAAGCUGCGUUGUCGUUGCCUAUUACAAUUUUAGAGUGUGAGUGUGUGGCCUCUGAUUGUUUUCUAUUGUGCGUGCGUGCGUGCGUUUCUUGCUUGUUGCUGCAAGGGGGCGGGGUGGGCGACAAGGUGCAGUGAAAUCGCUGCUCUGCAAUAACAACAACAACAACAAUAAGAAGGCGGCAAACAACAAACCAACUUGGCUUUUGAUGCGGAUGCGGCAAAUCGUUUAGCAACAGCAGGAGCAGCAAGCACUGGCCAUGCUCCCCAUCAGCGAGGAGCAGCACGUUGACAAUGGCAACAACAACAAUCAGAAACAACUGCAUCUGCAACAACAACAACAGCAACACAUUCUCAAUGCCGAUGAUGCGGCCGCCAAUGGUCUGGUGGUGGAUGAGGAUGCCGCAUUGGCAGCGGACGCCAGCCUCUGGACCGCAUUGUAUGACUAUAAUGCCCAAGGCGAGGAUGAGUUGACGCUGCGUCGCGGUCAAAUUGUUGUGGUGCUCUCUACGGACAGCGAAGUCUCAGGCGAUGUCGGCUGGUGGACGGGCAAGAUCGGUGAUAAGGUUGGAGUCUUUCCGCGCAACUUUGUGACGGACACAGAUCCCAUGCAGUUGCCCCAUGAAAUUGAAUACAAGGAGCUGGACAUCAAAGAGGUCAUUGGUUCCGGUGGCUUUUGUAAAGUGCAUCGCGGCUACUACGACAACGAGGAGGUGGCCAUUAAGAUUGCCCAUCAGACCGGCGACGAUGACAUGCAACGUAUGCGUGAUAAUGUGCUGCAGGAGGCGAAACUCUUUUGGCCACUGAAACAUCGCAAUAUUGCCGCAUUGCGUGGCGUCUGUUUGCGCACGAAACUGUGUCUGGUCAUGGAAUAUGCACGUGGCGGUAGCUUAAAUCGCAUUCUUGCCGCUGGCAAGAUACCACCAAAUGUCUUAGUGGAUUGGGCCAUACAAAUUGCACGCGGCAUGAAUUAUUUGCAUAGCGAGGCGCCGAUGUCGAUCAUCCAUCGCGACCUGAAGUCAUCCAAUGUGCUCAUCUACGAAGCCAUCGAGGGCAAUCAAUUGUAUCACAAAACGCUGAAGAUUACCGAUUUUGGACUGGCACGCGAAAUGUACAACACACAGUGCAUGAGUGCGGCGGGCACAUAUGCCUGGAUGCCGCCCGAAGUCAUCAGCCGGAGCAUGUACUCGAAAUCCUCGGAUGUGUGGAGCUAUGGCGUGCUGUUGUGGGAACUAAUCACUGGCGAGACGCCGUAUAAAGGUUUCGAUCCGCUCUCCGUGGCCUAUGGCGUUGCUGUGAACACGUUAACGUUGCCCAUACCAAAAACCUGCCCCGAAACGUGGGGUGCACUCAUGAAGAGCUGUUGGGAAAGUGAUCCCCAUCGAAGGCCCGAUUUCAAGAAGAUUAUCGAGCAGCUGGAGAGCAGCGCUUGUUCGUUGUUUACGCUGACGCCGCAGGAAUCGUUUCAUCAGCAGCAGGAGCUGUGGAAAAAGGAGAUUGCCGAGGUGCUGCACGAUUUGCGCGAAAAAGAAAAGGAACUGCGCAACAAGGAGGAGCAACUGGUGUUGAUGCAAAAGAAGCAGGUGGAGAAGGCCAACAAGUUGCAUCAACUCGAGGAGCAGCUGCGACAGCGUGAGAUCAACAUACUUGGACGCGAGCUCAUCAUGCAGCAGGUGCAGCCGGUGCCAUCGAAACGCAAGCCCAAAAAGAUCAAGAAGAAAGCACAGAUCUCACUGCCCACGGGUUUUCGGCACACAAUUACGGCUGUCUGCGAUAAAGUGGAGCCUCCUGGUUCGCCCUCGCUCUCCGGAUUGCGCAUUGUAGCACUGACUGAUGGGCACAAGAACAAGACGUGGGGACCGUCGACAAUGCAUCAGCGUGAGCGCUCAUUGCUGCCGCCGCAGCUCGGUGGCCAGGCGCCCGAAUGGCCACCGCAAAGCUCAACGCACUCAUCAUUCAGCAAAAGUGCGCCUAAUCUCGACAAGAAGCAACUGACUCCGGUUGCUGCCAAUGGGGGAGCGAUGAUGAUGGUGCCACAUACCUUGGUGGGCAGCUCCAAUGUGGGCAGCAUUGCUGUUGGCUCAGGAGGAGUAGGAGUCGGUGGAGGAGGAGGAGGCAGUGGAUCGGCGCCAACAACACCAAUGUAUUUGGGUGGCAGUGUGGCGGCCAUUGGAGCGGUGGGUGCUGGUGUGGCGACAGGCUAUCAGGGAAACAACGACAAGGACGAUUGGCGCUCGGGGGCAACCAACAUGCCGAUCAUGUCACCAUCGCCGUAUCUCCUCAGUCGCUUCACCACCAACGUCCCGCUGCCCACCUUAUACGCGGGCGAUGCGGCUCGAAAGCCCAAGUUGUCGGUGAUUGAACUGCUGCUGUACAACAUGGCAUCGCUGCUCGCCGGCGUCGCCGCCGGCUACGAUGUGCGCAUGUCCAAUGUGUCACCGGUGCAUCCCACGCUGCUCAGCGAGUUGCCUGCACUGAAGGCAGCACCAAAGGCGGCGUGUCUGGAGUUGCAGGAGCAGGAGCAGCAACAAUCACUGUUAGAGUCGCAGUCGCAGGCGCUGACACGGCAGGAGGAACAUGACGAGCAGCAAGUGGAUGGAACAACUAGGCAGCUCAAUCAAAUAUCAAAUGCGCCAAGAUAUGCUCCGCUGUCGGAUGCGCUGAUGACGGCGUCGUCACAGAAGCCACAGAACUUGGCGCAACGUCGCGUUGGCGGCAGCCAACCGUAUUACACGCCCGUGCAACGCACGCCGCAGCAUCAGUUGCACCAACAACAGACGCAACCGCAGUCGCAACAACCACAACAACAACAACAACAGCUAGUGACUGCCACUGUGGCAGCACAAGUUGGUGCCGCCGCUGUGAUGGCGCCACAGACUGUGGCUGCACUUUAUGCCGGCUCCCAGCCGCCGACGCCGUCGCCACGUCGUAAGCUGAGCAGCAGCAGUUGCAACAAUCCAACAACAACAACGGGUGGCGGUGGCAAUGACGGCGUCUUCGAGGAGUUUCGCGUGGGCGGCGGCAUUGGACCGCCGCCGCUUUAUGCGCCCGCCGAUUAUCUGCGCAACGGACCCAGUUAUUCCAAUGAUGGCGGCGGCGGCGGCUAUCGCAAUGGUUACUUUGGUUCCAAUUAUUUUCCCUAUCGGCCGGAGCUGAACUUUACGUACGAACGCGAUUGCAAAUCGUAUCCGGAUUACAGCUACGAUUACAAUCAUCGGCUGCCGGAUUACUAUGACUAUCAUCAUCAUCACCAUCACCAACAGCAGCAGCAGCAACAGUAUGAGGCAGCGUCAGCAGCUGUUGUUGUGCCACUGCAGACGCGCACGCCGCCGCCGCGUGUGCCACAAAUGGGCGUGACAGCGGGCGGACAUCGACGCACACCGUCAACGGUGUCGAACAAUUCGAAUGUGCUGCUGGAGCAUGAGGAGCUGAUGUACGAUUACAACAAUCUCAAUUUGAAUGUGCAGCUAAAUGUGGAUUACGAUGGCAGCGGAGGUGGAGGUGGUGGAGGGGACACAACCAGUUUGCCACCAACUGUGGCAACAGCCGCAACGCUUACCAAACAAGAUUUGUAUGCGAUUGGUUCGCCUAAGCUCAUCAAUCGGAUGUUGCACAGUCCGCUGGCCAAAAGUAAAUAUGCGCCCGUGACGCGACCAGCGAGUUUGCCCUUUGAGCAGCAUGCAAUCAGCUAUCAGCAACAGCAGCAGCAACAGUUGCCACCACAACAACAACAGCAGCAACCACAACAAUUGCAACUGCAACCAGGCAAACUGCGCAGCUCGAUGAAAAAGUACAACAGCAAUGGGGGCAGCAGCAUCUCAUCGCAGCAGGGCACGCCCACAAAUCCGACGCCGCCGGAUUCAUUGACCAGCGACGAUAGUUCGUAUCUGAGUGCGAAGGAAGGUUCGAUUGGUUCGCAGCACAGUCGCGUUCGCUUCAGUCCCGAGGCGUAUCUCGAUGCCAAUUUGCCGCUGCUGCCACGUCGCAUGACCACCUCACCCAGCAGCAGCAGCAAUCCGGCAAUCCAACAGCAACAACAGCAACAUCAACGACAUCAUCGUCAUCAUGGCUCCAGCGCCAGCACACCAUCGCCAUCGGCCUCGUCGUCAUCCUAGCAGGCGCGUCUGGCGCUAACUUUGCAGUUGGCGCGUAGCCCGGGCGCAGACGUCGUUGGCGUCGCUGGUGGCGGCGGCGGCGGCGGCGUUGGUGGCGCCUCCAGUUUGGCACUGGGUCUGGCGUUGCAUCAGCAGCGGGUGCCCUAUCGCUGGUAUUCGGGUGCAAGGCGAUCGCGGUCCGCACACUACGAGUAUCGACUCUGAGCGGCGAGGAAGCGAUAGCAACGGGAGCGACGGAGCAGAGCGGGAGAGAGAGUGGACUACAGCGAUAAAGACAGAGAGAGGUAGAGAUAGAUAGAUAGAUGGAAAGAGGGAAACAAAAAGAAAGAGAGAGAUAGACAGUGAGAGAGAAAGAUAGAGAUGAAAAGAGAGAGAUGGAAAGAAAGAGAGAGAUGGAAAGAAAGAGAUAUAGAAAGGGAGAGACGGCAAUAGAAUGAUCGAGACAGAGAUAGAUAGAGAGAGAGAGAGAGGUCAAUAGCGUGAUUGAGAAAGAGAGUGCGACUGGCAGAGAGCGAGCAAAUUUUUUGUAUAGUACAUUUUAUACCUCAUGCAAGCGUACAUUAGAGCGAGAGCGACAGAGAGUGAGAGAGAGAUGGAGAUGUAGGUGUAGAAUCAACAUUGUAAAUGUAGAGGGAACACCGAAGUUCUCUGGCAGCAACAACAAAUUUCUAUAGGUUUUUAUAAUUCCGUUAGUUCGUCAACGUUCUGCAAACUUUCCUAAAUUUCUUGCAACUAGCAAAAUUUAUUCAAUGUCUUUCUGUUCCACAUCCCAACGUGACUUUCAGACAUUUUCCAUAAAAAUCGUCAUUUUGUUGCACCAUAACCUCACUUUUGCUAUAUCCAGGCUGUCCAGAGACUUCACCUUCAGCCAAUGUGCGUCUGUACAUACAUAUAUAAUAAUAUUAAAGAAUUACAAAAGUAUGUUCAGUUGAAUUCGACAUAUAUACAACCAGUACAUAAGUAUAUAUAUACUGUAUAGUAUAGAAGACAUAUGCGAUUUGUAUAUUUUAGCCCUCAAGUUGUUCACACGCAAAAUAUUAUGUACGAAUAUUAAACGUAUUGUAUAAGUUUAUGCUACAGUUAUAUACUAUAUAGACACAUACAUAUACAUAUAUAUAUAUUGCCAUCCCCGACUUGUGCGAUUUGCCUUAAAUAUAGCGUGAGAAUUAACAAGAUAUAUACUAUGUGGUGUGUGUGUGCAUGAAUAACCCACGAAUAUCCCCCUCUCCUCGGGCGAAAUACUCAGAAACAAAACAACAGCAUCAACAAAAAAAGCCUUAUGUAUGCCGAUACAUCUCCGACUGUCUCCAAUUGCGUUACGCCUUAAGCCACGCCCCUCGAACAACAAUAAUAUAGGAGAGAACUAAAAUAAAAAAAGAAGAUAGCUAGAUAGCGACAAAGAGAGAAAGCAAAUAACAACAACAAACACACCAAUAACUCCAUUUUUAAGUCUGAACAAAUUAACGUUUAUAUAAAGAUCUAGAAAUACAUAUAUAUACAAAUAUAAAUAUAAUAUAGAAUGUAUAACAAUGAUAUAUGUAGCUCGAUAUAGAAACGCGUUGCUAACAAACAAGAAAAAAAAAACAAAAGAGAUACAAGAAACCCUUAGCUCUAGUUUGAUUAAAUUAUAAUACUAACCCUAUACAGAUAUUUAUAUAUAUAUACAUAUAGAUUUCCUGCAGUAUAUAAAUAUAAAGAAAUUUGCAAGUUUCCGAGAGAAAAAAACAAAAACAUUCAUAUAAUAUUAUCAAAUUUUUGACUACUACAAAAUACAUCCCAAAUACGCGUGUAUGUAUAUAUAUAACUCUGUACAACUGUUUAUCCCGAUAUGUAAACUAUAUAAUGCUUAUACACAUUUACUUAAUUGCAAAUCAAUUGGUUUGAUCGAGGCGACAUAAGCGACAUCAAGUGGAGAGAGAAUGUCACACCAUUUUUUUUUAAAUGUGAUAAAAAAAAAACAAAACAAGAACUGCAUUUUUCUCAAUAGGUUUUUUUCCAUGCUUUAUAGUCAAAAUGUUGUACCUUAUAGUCCCAAGGAAGACUAUAAUAGAACUGAUUGUCUGUCGGUCUUCCCAAUCUCUAAACGAGAUAUUUUAAAUAGAGCUUUCUUUUUGAACUAAAUUUCAUGCGAAUGUGACAUCUCUGAACGCUAGUUGGCGCUGCUCUAGCAUCGAAUAAAACUUGAGAGAUAUUGUAUGUUUUUUGAAAUGCUUGUUCUCUAGUUUUGAUAUGUUGUAUCGAAUUGAAUUGUUUGCCAAAAAAUAAUGCAACAUCAACUAACUAUUUAAACUAAACCUAAUAACAAUUACUAUUAUCAUUUAGACAAAUUUGUUGUUCAUGCUCAAAAGAAAAAGAAAAGAAAAACAAACUUAAUAACUGAAUAUUCCCAACCUCAUCGAGUGUGCUAUAUAUCAAAAAAAGAAAUAUAUAAGAAAACUAAAACAAAAGAAAAUAAUAAUCCGAAGAACCAGUAAAACAAAAAAAAACUUGUAGUCGAAUUGCCUUUUGUUGCCUGUGUCUAAUGUAUUUAUUAUUGCAAGUUGAGUUUGUCACAGAUCAAAAACUUGAACGGAAACAGAAUUAGUAUCGGAAUCAGAAUCAAAAAUCAAAAUCGAUCGAACAGUUUUGAUUUGGUUCGCUAGCUAGAUAUGGUGUUUUUUUUUUAUAGAGUGCGCGCGCCUAUAAAUAUGCAAUAUGCAAUAAUAAAAUGCCGCUUGCAACUCAGUUUUAUGUACAAAUUAGCGUUUAAACAAUUAAUUAAUAACAAAUUCAUUUGAAUCAUUCAGAGACCAAAACGCAAAACAAAAAAAAACCGAAACUAAAAAUAUUAUAAUUGCAAAAACAAAUAAAAACUA